GAUGUAGUUUAACACCACGAUUCUACAUGACAGUCUUCCGAGUACCAUUAAUCUAUAGAGAUGUAAAGGUCUGUGAAACUUUCCAAUAUAUUGGCGGCCUUUUUUGGAGUAAAGCUCAGACUUCUUCUAAAAGUACGAACUGAAAGGUGUUGAAGAUAGUCAUAGACUACGUACAGUUUUUGUCCGGCUGUGUUGGUUGCAUUCAGUUACUAGUAGUUGAGGGUAACCAUGCCCUCCUAGAAUACUUUGAGAGCAGCCUUAUGAAAGUAAGUUGAAGAAGUGAAAUGCCUAUUGUUAAGGUAGCAGACGAUGCUGGGGACAUGAUGUCCCUUCUUGAGGUCAACGGGCGAUACUUCCCCAUACUGAGGACCCCUCACGACCAAGAGGAAGAGCUCCGUAAUAUGACGUCAUGGAAAGCUAGGAGUGAUGACGUUCUCAUCUGUGCUUACCCAAAGUCAGGGACACAUUGGGUUUGGGAAAUUGUGAAGAUGAUACUGGACCAGAAAGCCGUUCGAAUACCAUCAAUGAAAGAAUCCGCCAUGUUGGAAUGUGGAUCCGGGUUUGCAUUGCAAAAUAUGUUAUCGCCUAGAGUACUGAACACGCACAUGCUAUUUUCAGACAUACCUAAAGACUUUGUUGACAAAAGAUGUAAGAUGAUCUACGUGCUUCGUAAUCCCAAAGACGUGGCCGUUUCCUUUUAUAAUCAUCACGUACGAUUACUCGACUACGAGUAUUCCGGAAGUUGGAGGUCAUAUCUGGGACGAUUCCUAUACGGAAAAGUUGAUUACGGUUCCUGGUUCGACUACGUUCUUCACUGGGAGAAAUCAAUGAAGACGUCUCCAGACCUCCCAUUCCAUACCCUGACAUACGAAAGUCUGCAUCAGUCCCCUGAACACGAGAUCAGAAACUUGGCAGAAUUCUUAGCAGUCAGUUGCAGUAGCGACCUGUCACAUGAUAUUUCUGCCCAGUGCUCAUUCUUGGUGAUGAAAGAAGAAAAGGACCCUUUAGAGGAUAUAACAGAAUGGAAAGACGGAGAGCCAGGAAUGUACCGAAAAGGCUGCGUGGGAGAUUGGAGAAACUGGUUCACGGUAGCACAGAAUGAGCUGUUCACAGCAGUGUAUGAGCAAAAAAUGGCGGAAUCUACUAUCACGCCAGUGUACACCCUAAACAAUGAACAGAGCUAGACCUGAGCACUGGAUGAGCUGUUCAAAGCAGUAUACCGGAAAUAAAAUGGUGAUUCUGGUAUCAUACCAGUCUACAAGCCCAAAGUGAAUCACACUCGUAAAUGCAAUGAUAUCUGGAGAUAUAUUUUGAUAUAUAUUUUUAUUUUAGCAAAAGCCAUCUUUUUGCUGCAUUACCCAACUUUUACAUAUUCACUGAAAAAAAAGUAGAAAAAAAUCCAAACGUGGGAUUUUGAUUGCAUUGCAAAAGCUUCAAACAAUAGUAGAAUAAGUUCCUGUGUGAUAUAUUUGGUCAACAACUGAGAU